ACACAAUGGCACCCUACAGUGCUGUGUGAAUUAUUAAUGCUCCAGUGGCAUGCUGACACUCAACGGAGAAAGGUGUUGACGUUGGAUUUCAAAGUGUAUCUUUUCUUCUCUGGGAUGUUCCACCUGCCAAGCCACCUCUUUAACACACCUCAGUGUUCCAGGAUGAGGGUCACCUUUUGUCAGAGGCCCCUUGCAGACGAGGAGGUCAAGGACGCUAACCUCCGGUAUGUGCGUCUCUGCAGGGGGCUAGGAGCCAGGGGGAUUAGUGGCUGGGUGCUCAGGUGGCACAGCGGGUUGUUCUGCUUCAGCAGGGAAGCUCCUGCCUGCCCCAACAGACCACGCUCAUCACAACAGCAACAGCUCAAACAAAACGUCUAUUCCACUCAAACAUAGAUGUAAUUCUAGAAAAAAAAAGUAAAAUAAUUUUAGAAUAAACCCUCAAAAAGGGGAAAAUAAGUGUUUUUAUAUAAAAAAAAAAAAAUUUUUAAGAAAUUUGCUGUAAAAAGGAAGAUAAGACAGGAGGAACAGGUGAGGGGGUGGAGCUUACAGGUGACAGGGAGGCGAAGGAUGUUGUGAGGCGGAUUUGAGAAGAGCCGUGGACAAACAGUUGAACUGUCGGUGAUGAUGGCUCCGGAGCUUUACGUCUCGAUCUACAAAGAACAGUUCCGCCCUCCUGGCAAGGUGAAGAGAGCGGAGCUUCGACCCACCUCGGCCCACCGCAGGAACAACCCUCAGCCCAGGCCGGACUUUUUGUUUCCUCGACCUCUCCAGUCAAACUACAGGCAGGCUCGUGCACUGGUACACCCACUGACCUCUGUUGACCCCAGCCGGCCCUUCUUCCCUCCUGUGACACAUUCAUCGUUGCACAACCGGCCCAUUGAAGCCCUGUCAAACUCAGAGAAUGCAGGAAAACUCCAAAGCUUGCCUGCAGUCAAUGGAAACACUGCACAAGAGGCGCCCUCUAGUGGGAGAAUGCAGACACGACACCCGUUGGAGCUUCCAUCUGAAAUUCAGUUUAAAUCGAUUCUGAGGACAACGGAUAAUCAGAGGAAUGCAUCACUGGAUCUCAGGCAAGCAAACGACCUUUGAACUUUUCUUGAGGCCUCACAGCUGGGAAGCCAUGAGUGGUUCUGCAAGUCUCAUCAAAAAAAUAAAUCCAUUGAUUUCCACAGGCAAAAGGCCGGAUCUCAGUUUCAAACAAGGCCACAGACGAGCUACCUUCCUGCAGCUUCUCGCUGUUUUCAACGGGCACGACGCAAGUGUUGCUCCAACAGCACCCUGGAUUACAGGUAGCUCAUAUUACAUCUCUUUGACCUAAAAAAAAAAAAAAAA